AUGAUAGCAGGCGGGUUCAUGUCAACAAUGUUUCGAAAAAGUCGAAAGGAUGGAUUUUCUUAAUGCUAGAUAAUUUUUCACCUACUUGUAGGAUGUCCACAACACCAGGUAGUCAGUCCACCCUCGUCCAUCAGCUGGCCACACUGCUGAAAAACAAUGGUGACUGUGUGCUGGACGGCAGUAGCACCCUGACCCUGCAGGUGAGCCACCUGCAGCACCUGACCCGUCUGUUUGAGCAGUACCUGAUCUCGCGCACGCACCAGCAUGGCUUCCUGGCCCUCCCGUCCCAUCCAGCCGACACUGCCUCCCUCCUCCAGCUGCAGUUCCUGUUUGAUGUGCUGCAGAAGACCCUCUCCCUCAAGCUUGUCAACCCUCCUGGAUCAAGACUGCAGUCUGUAGUGAAAAUCUUCCCCUUUAAGUCUCUUAAACACUUGGAGCUGAAGCGUAUCCCACCGCACUGUCUGGAGGGUCUGCGGGGGGUGUACUCACAGCUGGAAAUCUUCACCUGCUCCAAGAGCCUCAGCUCCCUGGAGGAGCUUCUGUCACUGUGUGGUGGAGACCUUAGUUCUGCUCUGCCAUGGCUGGAGCUGCACACGCUCAACUUCAGCUACAACUCCAUAUCCUGUCUGGAUGAAUCGCUGAGUUUGCUGAAUGUCCUCAAGUCCCUGGACCUGAGCCACAACAAGAUCCAGGACUGCGCUGAGUUCCUGAAGUCUCUGAGUGAGUUGGAGCAUCUGAACCUUGCCUAUAAUAACCUCCAGAGGGCGCCACAACUGGGCUUGAGCGCCAGGGUCAAACUAAGCGUGCUCAUACUGCGCAACAAUGAGCUGGAAACCAUUAAUGGGGUGGAGCUGCUGAGCUCACUGCAGCACCUGGACCUGGCCUACAACCUGCUGUUAGAGCACUCCCAGCUCGCCCCCCUCUCUCUGCUGCACUGCCUCAACGUGUUGAUUUUGGAUGGCAAUCCACUGUUCUUCCAGAAGACCCAUCGCUCGUCCACUGUACACCACCUCUCCCCCAGAGCUGCUUUCCAGCGGGUCAGUCUGUCUCUGUGUGUCCUUCUUUCAUCCCACUUCAUUUGUCAUCCAUAGGUGCUACCCAAAACGGGACAGCUGAUUGGUCAGAUGGCACAGGCCACGGCCCCGGCGGUGGUUUCCGCGGCGAUGGAGCGCAGCUCACAGGAGUUCUCGAGUGGAGGAGGAGAGCUGAGUGAUAGCAUGUCUGUGAGCGAGGUGGGAGUGUCUCGUCUGCGCAAAAAGAAGUCAAAGGGGAAAGUGAAGGUGCGUAGGGCCAGCAUCUCGGAGCCCAGCGACACAGACCACGAGCUGAGAGUGGGCUCUACUCUACAGGACAUAGUGCUCCACCACCAGAAGGACAUUGAGCGCAUGGACAGCUUCCGAGACCAGCUGGGCGAGGACUGGCUCCGCUACCAGCACCACCUGGAGACCUCCGUCCAUCCCAACAACACCACCACCACCACCACCACCACUACUACCCCUGCCCAGCUCCCUGCCUCCAGCACCCCCACCACCACCACCACCACCAUCAUCCCUGUCACCGCUCAGAUAAUCCCCAAUGGCCGCUGCACCCCCUCCCCCUCACCGCUGGAGGCACACACCCCCGAGAAGACGGCUCUUACAGAGGCCUUGGACUGCGUCUCCCCUGUGUCCCCCUUGUUGACGUCGGAGCCCCGAGACGGGGACGGCGAGCCCGAGGUGGACGCCGCGGUGAUGGACGACGAGACGGACUCCACGCUGCGCUGGGGGGAGCACAGCCAGGACUCGCGCUCCAACUCCACCCUGGAGAGGAGCGUCCUGGACACCAGCGCCGUCGUCACGCCGACACCGCGAGCAGAGGAGGAUGGGGAAGAGGAAGAUGAGGAGGAGGAGGAAGACCAGGGAGUGGACCUGUGCCUGCCACUUCUAGUCGGUGUGGUAAGCGAGGAUGAGGAUGAGGAUGACGAGACGAGGAAGGCCCAGGGGCCAGUGUUCCUGCGUGUGCGUCAGGGCCUGCUGCUGGAGGUGGACAUGCAGCGAGGGAGUGUCCGCAAGCGGGUGGAGCUGGACAGCCUGCAGCAGAUCACCAGCACACUGCAGCCCUGGGGGGACAAGGAGGACAGCGAGAGUCUCCCGGCUCUAAUGCUGCAGUUCAGCUUCAUCCUCCGUGAGCGACGCCAGCGGUGCUACGUAAUGCUGGACGAAAAUCCCCAGCAGGCUUUGCAGGAUCUGCUGGACAUCCUGUCGCGGGUGGUGGAGGAGAACGUCCGGCGCGUGGAGGAGAGUCGGCCGCGGGACCUCCGGCUGCAGUGUCUGCGCUGCAAGGCCGAGUUCAGCCAGCGUGGGUCUGAGGGAUUCGCCGGGGCCUCUGACCGACUGGACGGCGGUCAGGAGCUUCAGGGAUGCAGGGACAAGGGCGAGGAGGAGGAUGAGGAGACGGAGGGAGCAAAGGAGGACGAAGGCACAAGAAAAAAUGCAGCUGACUCAAUAGGAAGUGGACUGGUUUGCCCAGAAUGCAAUAGUGACCAUGUGAUCCAGCUAGUUGGCCAAUCAGCACCUUCCACCAGUACGCCAGUCUCCAGUGAUGUUGAGGAGGGGGGCGAGAAAAGACACUUCCAUUUUGAUGAUACAGACACCCCUAAGAAGCGUCCAGGAGUCAUAAGUAACUUUGAGAGCCAGAUUGAAUCCUCAUUGGCCAGCAGUGGUCACCUGACCCAGGAAGUGACCAAAACAGAGGGAGAGCUGACCGACACUUUCAUGACCGCUACCAGCAGUGGCCUGUCCCGGGCUGAGCCUCGGGACGAGGACUAUGGAUGGGCCGACCAGAGCACCUCCCAGCCCAUUAGCUACCACACGGCGGAUGGAGGCGGAACGGACCUCAGCUCCACCACCGAGAGCCAGGAGGAGCAGGAACUGGCCGGCAGCUACCGAUACAGCGCCUUGCAGGAGUCCCAGGCAGACAGCUCGGACAGGGCAAGCCCCACCCAGUUCGACCUGCUGUCAGAGGACUUUGAGGCUGUAGACCACCGACUCAAGCUCUUCCUGGAUGUGGAGGUCUUCGAGGGCGAGGAGGAACUACUACACAGCUUCCUGAAGAUGUCCACUGUGAAGUUUGGCGACCCCGUGGAGUUCCCGUCUCUGCUGGUUGUGUCGGACCAGUGCAUCUACAUCCUGGAGAUCACUUCUGAGGCACAAGGCCCGCCGUCUGAUUGGAUGCAGAAGCGGUCCAGGCACCGUCUCUGUGAGUUGAGCUACCUGGAGGUGGGGCUGGGCUCCCAGAGCAUCCACAUGGAGUUUGCAGACGGGGGCUCCGCCUACACCCUGCUGGUGAGGGACAGCAAUCGCUGCAAGCGCUUCUUCAGCCGCCUCACAGGAAUUGUGAGGGAACUGGCUCCGAGGUCGGACAGUAAACUCAAGGCCAUCUCCACCACUCGACUCACUCCACACCACCACCUGUGGCCACUGGUGAGUGAAGGCCAGCAGUCACAGGAGGGCGAGGACGACUGUCAACCCCAGUUCCUCUACGUGUUGGCGUUCGUGUGCCAAGAUCACUCCUUGACACCUGUUACUGUGUUGGCCACGCGGGAAACCCUGUACCUGGUCGACGAGGACCAUCAGUGGAGCAAGAGUCAACUCCCAGAGCCAACGUCCAAUCAGGAUGGAGAGGAGCCCCGUGGACGCGUCACCAUCCGAGAGACUCAGCCAAUCAGCUGCGUCAGCUCCGUGCAUCUCUUCUCCUCCAAUCCCUGCCGGGUGGACGUCAAGCUUUAUGACGAGGUGCUGAAGCAGGAGGCCUUCAUUAGGCUGCAGGCAGAAUGUGGGGGCCCAGCGGGAGCUCUGGCCAUGUUUGGGGUCAAACUGACCACCAGCAUACAGGAGCUGCCCAGCUGAGAUACCCAUCCUCAUCACCCCCUCAACCCUGUACAUUUGUGUUGUCCUCUCUCUGUCUCUGUCUCUUUCACCUUCUUCCCAUCCCUCAUGCUACCUUUCUUUCUCUAUCCAUCUAUCAUCUAUCUGUCUCUCUCUCUUUCUCUAUCCAUCUAUCUGUCUCUCUCUCUUUCUCUAUCCAUCUAUCAUCUAUCUGUCUCUCUCUUUGUGCUUUCAAACGUACUUAAACUUUGUCAAACCUGAAUCUUUUUUAGUCCCAUCUUUCUUUCUUUCUUUUUUCUUUCUUUCUUUCUUUCUUUCUUUCUUUCUUUCUUUCUUUCUUUUCUCACAUUGUUUCUGCUUCUGUGUCUACCUCUUCCACCUCUCUCUACCUCUAUACACGUGACUCUUUCUCUCUCUCUCUCUCUCUCUCCAUGUCAGUCUGUCCAACCAUCUCAUUUGCUUGCCUAGUAUGUCCCUUGAUCCGUCUACUUUUUUCUAGGUUUGCUUAUCCCCUGUCCAUUCUCUCUCUGUGUAUCUCUCUUUCUCUCACUCUUUCGCUUUCUCUCUCUCCCCCUCUCCUUCCCUCUUUCUAAUACCCACCUUCCUGCCAAUCUCCCCUUUUUAAUAAAAGCUGAUCUGUUGUACUUGGCAACAGGAAACAGCCAAAAUCGCUCACAUGAAAUGGCUCACUGGACGCGACCUGGGUGAAGGCCCACGCAGCGAAAUGCACUGCACGCUCCCUCUGCCGCUUUCUCGCAGAGGUCCGUGCCUUACUGACUGGGCUCUGCUUGCUGUCUACCAAUGCACCUUAUGGUGCCUUAUGCUCGGAAUGAAAUGAGAUUGGGAAGAUGAGGGAAUGUCCAUGUCGACAUGGACACUGCGUUACUUCAGGGACUGUGUCUGUGCGUGUGCGUGUGCGUGUGCGUGUGCGUGUGUGUGUGUGUGUGUGUGUAUAUAUACAUGUGUGGUGUGUUUGCAUGGGUAAUUGUCUGUGCGUGUAAUUUUUGUGUUUAUGUGCCGAUCUUGAAACCUGCCGAGCCAGUGAUAACGGGCACUGUGUGAUGAAGCAUGGCAUCAUUAGCCCCGGGACACGGGCUGCCACACGACAGCCUGAGAGGAAUGAAGUUGACUCACACAGCUUUUCACUGGAAAUGCUUUCUGUUGCUUUUAGUCAUUUGUCAUUUGUCAUGUGCAUUUUACAUGUUGUUCUUUUUUAUAGUUCCAACUCAUGCAUACAUGCAUUCUAAGUUUAUGUGAAAACAUCAAUGACUGCAUAUGAAAGGGUGUUUGUUGGAUGUUUUAAUGGACAGAUAUGCGUUAGUAAAAUAGUACAUAGACAACUGUUUGUAAAAGGGAAUUAUUACCUUGGUGGCUAUCACUCAGUAUUUAUGUUUGGCCACCAUGUAUUACAAGUUUAAUUUAGUAUUUGUGCCAACUAUAACUUAUAAUAAUUGCACUGCAACAGUUUGGUAAUGUUUUCAGAAAUGUAAAAAAGGUAACUGUGAUGCAAGCUCUUUCGCUAUGGAACUUCAAGUGAACUUCCAUCAUUGUGUUUUCUAUUUAUUUUUCUGUGGCCGUAAAAUUAAUGUCAAGUUAGUGUUGAAAAUGCUUUUUUUAUUUUGUUAUAUGAAUAAUAAAAAAAUGGCCUAUCUUGUG